CGCCAUCUGUCCGAGAGCACCCAACAAAGGAAAAAUUUCCACUCGCAACUCUGGUAAUACUUUCGCAGAAAAGAAAAAGUAAAGUGGUCUCUGUAUUUGGGAUUUCUUUUGUUAAAUGAGAAGUUAAAUGCAAUUAAAGGUUUAGAAAUAGGAUUUUAAUUGUUGAAACAUAAAUAUUUGCAUUCAAUUUUGUGAAAUUAUGUGACAAUAUAAAGAUAAGUUUUUUCUUGUAUAUCAACCGUUCUGUAAACUAUGGUGCGACUUUGACGCUCACUAUCGAAUUUCGAAAUCGCCAUUUGUGUGAACAAACGCCUCUAAAAAAGAGAUUUUACUUUUUAAAACUUGAAAAACUAAUUACAAACUUCAGUAUUUUCGUUGGAUUUAGUGACAGGAACAGUGCUUGGAGUAGCAGUAUUUUGAUCGUGCUAAAAAAUCUUUGUUAGUGACUUAUUAGACGUGAAGGACGAAGUGCGAAAAAGAUUAUCUCGCGGCGAUGUAAAUGUCACAGAUCUUGUUUUUUUUUCACUCCUGUUUUCAUUAAAAUUUUCCGGGUAAAUUUCCAUUUCACUAUCAAUCACGAUGUGUGAACAAACUAAUGCAUAUGAUGAUGGUGAUAUCGUGUGGGUAAAACUCAGCAAUUGCUGGUGGCCUGGAGAGGUAUGCAAAGAAUCUCGACUUCCUGAUGACUUGGUGAACUCCCUCAAGAAGAAACCCUUUGCUGUCGUGAAAUUCUUCCAAGAAGAUGCUUACGAAUACGUCAAAAAUAUAAACAAUAUCUACAAGUACCAAUGCAGUCGAAAGGGCGAAUUUAUCCGGAAAGGAUUAGAUCUUCACAAAUCCAAUCAUAAGUAUAUGGAAAAGUUUCCGGCAGAUGUAACUACAGCAGAAAAAUUGACAGGGGGUGAUUUGGAUAUCGUCCAGAAAAUACAAUCUUCUCCCCAAAAGAGCACUACAUCUGCAUGGUCAGAUGUUUUCAAUAAUGGAAAAGUAAAAAAAGGAAAAAAGACUCUGGGUUUGAGUCCCACUACUAGAGAUAGAAGGAUUAAUAAAAUCCCAAAGAAGAAUGUAUCUCCUGCUACAAAGACUUUUCUUAGCAAACCUCGUGAACAUGAGGUUCGUUUUCUAAGUGGCAAUUCAUCAGCAACUAAAACAAACACAGAAAGUUCCCCAGGACUUUACAAAUGCCAUGCAUGUCCAUUUUCCUGCAAUCGUAUAAAUGUUAUUGUACUGCAUUCAAAGACACACAGUACUGAAACUGUAUCUAACACACAUAUUAAAAGGCCCACGAGUCCUAAGUCAAAAGCCAAACGCCCAAUUCUUUCAAAGAUUGUUACCCCGCUUGAACACUUGUCUGAUGAUGAAGUAACCACUAGGGUAGCCAAAUGUGUAAGUGUUCAAACACCCGUAGUGAAGCCACCAAAGAAGCGAGGAAAGCGCAAAAUAUCUGAGACCCUUAAUGAAAAUUCCGUGAAUGUUGAACAAACAGACGUAAAGAUUCCAGAAGUUAAGCAACCAAUGAAGAAAAGAAAGACAGAUCUGGAGUGGAAGAAUGAAUUGUUGGCGGAUUGGAGUGAAGAUGAAGAAGCAGAGCAAUCAUCUGAAAAUAAUUGUUUACAUACAAAGGAAUUAGAAAACAAGGAAGAGAAUUUUCAACGUUCGGCUGAGAUUGAUAAAAUGAAUCAAGUGCCAGUGAUUGAGCAAAAGAAGGAAAAAGUGAAAUCACCCCCAAUAAAAUACAGAAAUAUCCCGAAAAAAGACAGAAGGGAUAUUGUUCUUGAGAGUGGAGAACUAAUGGAAAUUAAUAAGCCAAACACAUCUAUUCAGGUACCAAUAGCAGAAACAUUGUUACAGGAGGUGAAAGAUCAGCCAGAGGUUAAAGAUAUCAUGGAAAAAACAAAUAUCUCAACAACGGAGGUAAAUUUAGAUGCAUCAAGAAGACGAUCAUCAAGAAGGAAAAUCAAAACACACACAUUGGACGACGACGAACAAUCAAAUAAAACAAUAGAUGACCAAGAGACUAAGAAAAUUUCUUUAUUGCAAGAAAAUUGUAGUCAAGAGACUGUUCAGAAAGAAUCUUACGAUUCUGAACUGCGUAAUGAAGGGUUAUCUGCACCUUUAACAAUUCAAAGUUCCGCAAAGUCAAUAUCUUGCUUUGAUUUUCAGGAAGAUGAGGAAGAUAUGGUUCUCGACUCAAUAUCGAGGCAUCGUCAGAAAAAGUUGCAUGCUAGUGAAUUUAGUAUUGCAAAGAAAGCAAAAAAAUCAUCUCGUCAGGUAGAUGAACUCAAAGAUGAAAAACUCUGUUCGGAUAUUGAAAGUCUCCUCAAAGCCACUGUAAUUCCUCAAAUUCCCGAAACGCCUAAAUUUGAUAAGGUAGAUCAAGCAAAGGAGUUGUCUCCGACCAAAGAGCUAAACAGGGAGAUUGCUCUACCGCCUAAAGAGAGAGGAAAGAGGAUCUUCAAGUCUAAAAAUCGAAGCAAGUCAGGUUCAUGUGAAGUGGAAGAUGAAAAAACGCCACCUAAGGCAAAAUCGAGGGAGUCUACAGAGAAAAUUGAAAUUUUUAACAUGGAACACACUCGAGGUUCUAUAUCACCAUCAAAAGAACCAACUGAAUCCGAUCUCCAAAUUGCUCAAACACUAAUUGAUCUGCCAGAUCAUACUCCACCGCUGAAUCCUCUUAAGGAUGGCACUAGUAGCAAUUAUAUAAAAAAUGAAUACGGUUUUAGUGAUUGUAAGGAGACUAACGCAGCUGAAGUUCUCAUGAACUUAGGCAACCUCACAGAAACACGCUCUAAGGAUACAAACAAAAGUGAAGAAAUCGUGAAUGUAUCACCGUCAAAAUCUACAAAACAAUUUUCUUCCAGCGGGAAACUAUACUCCCCUACGACAGUUGAUGAAACACAAAUUAAAUUGCCUGAAAAUAUAACGGUUACUAAAGUGAUAAAGCCAGCACUUACAUCCCCAAAUCAAUCAAAAACCAUCAAAGAAUAUAAAAUACUCACCACCAUUGAAGACAAAUCCAGUGAAAAACCAGACAUUGUAGAGAGAGUUAAGAUUAAGAAAGGAAUACCGAAAAAACGGAAGCCAAAUAUCGAUAUCUCCGAUAAUACCUCUGUAGUAGAGGAAUUGGAAGUAAAGAAUACAGGAAAAGAAGUAGUAAGGGUACCUUCACCACCAGCAUCUCCUAAAAAAAUCAUAAAGAUAAAAUCACAGAUGAAAUCUCCAACACAAGUUGGCACGGUGUCUCAAGAUAAUAUUUUUGAUAUAAAAAAUAUGCCAAUAGUACUCACUGAUGAGCCUCUGCCUGUGGACUCCGUUGUUAUGUCUGAGACUAAAUCAUUGCCAUCGAAAAGUACAUCAAUGACCAGCAAUGGACAAGAGCAAGGGAUGAUUAUAUCUAAAUUUGGAAAAUCUGAGGAUAUUGUUAUAAACCAGUCUGCAUUACUUAAAAAAGUAAAACUUAUUGAUAGUGAAAAGGAGCAGCAAAUGGAUAGUUCUAUUUCUGAGCGAAUUACUCAGAAUGAACAUAAAUUCACUACAAGCAUCACAGAAAGGAAAAUGAUGAAGUUGCCGCCAAAGAAGUUGAAAGACAAUGUAUUGAGCGUUUCUAAAAGUGAAAUAUAUGGUACAAAAUUUACGCCACAGAAUGUCGCUUCUGGAAAUUCAGUAAUGCUUACUAAGUCACAUGCUAAAUUGUUAGGACAACGGUCAUCACCAACGAAGAUUCUUUAUUCUAGUGAAAAUCAUAACAUAAUUUCAUCGACAACAGAGACAUCAUCGGCUUUGGUAUCGAACUCUCAAAUGUUUCAAGGAAAAUUAUGUGGGCAAAUUGUGAUAACGAGCAAAGGUAAAGUUAUCACAAAGCAAAGUGAUGCGGUUACAACAACCUCUUCUGCAUCGCUUACGGCAGAAGUAUCGUCCUCCUUUAGGAUAACAGACAGCGCAAAAAUUUCAACCAGUAUCUCAAAGAUGGCCAUAAAGUCACCAGCAAAAAUUCACGUACAAUCCCAACAAAUAAUCUAUAAACCACCGAAAGAAGUCAAUAAAUCCGUGUCUAAGACAGUGUAUGUUCAGCAACCCAAAAAGUCUUCAGACAAAAUGGAAAUAAGUAGUUUUGUGGAAUCUCAGAGGAAGGUUUUCAGAAGAAUCAAGAAACCAACACGACUUGAAACGCUUGAUGCUGCUGGUCAUUCGUCGACAAAUACUCAAAAAUCACUGCAUCAAACAAUUGGGGUGCAAGAUUUACCACCAUUAGCGCCAAUCAGCAGUGAAACUCUACUGAGCAAUUGUGUGAAAAAAGUAGUAUCGUCAACUACGAAGCAAGUUGAUGAAUCAGCUGUGCGGUUAAAAACCACUUCUACUAAGAGUAGUAAACAAACGGGAUAUAGUUUUGAAGGAGCUAAAGUGAAAAAAGCAAGUACUAGUUCAAACAGAGAGAAAUCCGAAACAUUAUCAAUGAGCACUGAGAGUACAGGAAUUUGUUCAAGCAUUCAUAAUAUUGAGAAUUCAUCAAAUAUUCAAGACAGUCAGUUGCUGGCAAUUCCUGGAGAGUCAUUUGGUGGGCCUGCAAACUCAUUCUUUCUAUGUACAUUAGAUAAUGGAACAUUCAUACCAAUUGACAAUCAACCAUUAUACUUGGAUGCAUCGAAUCAACUUGUUCCUCAACCACCGGACAUUAUAACGACGACAUCCAGAGAGAUUGGGAGUGAUAUUGAACUGGCACAUGAUGCCAUAUUAGAGGUGCAGGACAAUGAGCAAAUUAUGGUUGAGAGUGAUCAAGGGUCUGCAGAUGGGACAGUUGGUUGUGAGACCAAAUAUGUUCUUAACACAGGAAAUGGUCAACAAAUCUUACUUGAUCAGCAGAGCCUCUUGGCCAUUGCUGCAGGUGAUAUUCCACGAUUAGUGACACCUGAAGGGCAAGAGUUGAUCUUUCAAGGAUCUUCUCAAGAUAUUCUGUCUUCAAUUGCUCUGAAUCAAACAGAAUUGGGAGUUUUAAGUGAUGGACAGCAAAUAAUUGUUCCUGAGGGUAUGGUAAAUUCCCCAAGUCAAGAUAUUCUGGCAGUCGCUUUAGCUGGAACAGAGGUUUUCUCACAAGAUAAUUUAAUUGCUGAUGUACCACAAAUUCCAGCUGCAAAUCCAGCUCAGGUAUCAGAAACAAAUGCUGUUUUGACUCAGCCCCCAAUAAUGUCGACACUGGAAGUACCCUCGAAAACGGAAAAUAUAGGUCAGAAUGUGGCACUCGAAGCUGGAUUUUCCACACAAAAUUUAGACGAUAGUUUAGCGGUUAUUGGUGUGACAGGACAUCAGACCAAUGUACCUACAUCUCUAGAACUCCCUAUUACAGUUACUAAUCCUGCAAUUGCACCAAAAACGACGACUUCACCCAUGAGCCUGACAUCCAUUUAUCUGCCUUCUGUAUCAACAUCUUCAUCUCAAAUGUCUCCUUCAAUUCCUAUUGUUGAAGAAAUAUUUUCAGGGACAAACAGUGUGUUGGAAAUGUAUCAAACAAGUGGAGGUGAGGAGAAGAAUCAAGUUAAGAAUAUGUCGAAUGAAGUGGAAGUAGAAACAACAGAAAAAGAUACCUUGGAAGCUUUGGAUGAUAUAAUAGAAGAAACAACGGCUGGAAGUGAAAAUGCUGUGGAAAUUGAUUCAUUCAAUGGGAAUGAUAUUGUUCCUGUAACACCUGAAUCCCUAACUAAUCAUGGCACAAACACACCUGAUUUGCAUUUUAAUGAUGAGGAUGGGAAUAGCUCCCAUUCGAGCGAGAUUCCCAUUCAACCAGAUUUGAUAUUGCGACCAGAGGAUUUUACCUCAUCAAAUGAAGAUGUCAUUGAUAGUGAUGUUGCCGAGAAUAAUCCUUCAACAAGUGAAGUAUCGAUUUUUUUAGAGAAUCUAACAAGAAACUCAAUGAGUACCUGUAGCGAUUCUACAAAUCAAAAUUCAAACUUGCUGCAGGAAUUAGCUGAAAUGGAUAAAGAACCGACAGGGGCUUGCGAAAAGAACACAAGUUAAGGUGAAUAUGAUCACUUUUAAGUGGAAAAGAUUUGUGCAAAUAAUACAAAUCAGAAAAUUACAUUUCCAUAAUUUUCUUUUAUAAAUGGAAAUACAAAUUAUUUUGUGUAUAUAUUUAAAAAAAAAGUGCCCAAAGGGCAUAAUUUUUUAGAAAAAAAUGAAAUACUAAGGAAAAUUGCAGAUUUAUUGUCCUCUACAUAUUAUAUUCUAAGCAAAAAAACAUAUACCAGAUAAAAAAUAUAUGAAUUAAUGAAUAUACAUACAUAAUGUAUUGUCUUAUGUAAAUUCUUUACUAAUAUUGGAAUUAAUUUAUGAUAAGGAGAUAAUGCACAUAAUAUAAGUAAAACUAUCUCCGAUUUAAGCUAUAACUUAUUUUACAAGACAAUGGGGAGAAAAGUUAGUUUUCAUCCUCGUAUUAAACUAUAAUAUGAAAAUUAGAUUUUAUUGAAGUCCAUUGUAGAAGUUAUUUCUGUUGGACAAUGAAAAAAUUUAAGAGAAGAAAAACUAUGGAUAAAUCAAUUGAGAUAGUGUCUCCAAACAUAGUAAAUAAUAGUUUUAUGUAACAGUCUAUUUUGGUUAUAAAGAAUUUUCAUAAUUAUCCCAAGUACUAUAGAACUAUAAUUGUAACCAUUUAUAAUAAAAUAAAUUUUAAAUAAAAUAUAAA